AUGGAUCAGCCGGCUUCACAUAGGAGGGUCUUUGGAUCUAGAACUCCUCCCUCGCCCCCACCGACCCAUCAGGCCCAUUUCCCUUAUCUGAGGCCUUACUCUUCGGUUCAUCUCUCUACCCCCUCCCAUAUCCCCCGCUCCCAUUCCGGGGAAUUUGUUCAGUUGUCGAGGCUAGCAGGCACGCCUCCUGGUGGAUAUGAGCCGGUCGUUCGAGCUCUCGGACCACCGCUUUGUGAUAGUCCUACCACUGAAUCUCCAGCGCUUGCCUCGGCCCCGAUUGCUUCUAGAUAUGGUGUAGGCCCUUUGCGCGCCGUGUCAACUGUUUCCCUUGAAAGUUCUGGCGCCCCGAAUGCAUUGCCAAUUGGACCCGAUCAGCAACAGCUUGAAUCACCUGUUUCUGAACAAGUGACCCAGCAAACCCUUCAUUUAGACCCUGUUGAAUUUUGCCUCGGGCAUCCUACUGCAAAUUACGGCGGUACUGGGUCUCCUGAGAGGGGGACUUCAGAGUAUAUCAAUGUCAAUUUGCCCGACCUAGAACACAAAUUUGCGAAAAAUCUCCCUGGCCAUUGUCCUGAGUCGGAUAUGGAUGAGACUUGCUCUGAUUACUCCCAAUGCAGCGGGGAGUUUGAUUUUACAGCUGCAUUUAGCUUGGGCCCUAUGAUGGGAGGCGCGCAUGUCAAAGGCGGCACCGGCCUAGAAAUACCCAUACCCCCAGUUUCGAACCCGCUCCAAGAGGUUGAACUUCAAAAUUCCACCCCCCCAACACCUCCCGUGCCCUUGGGCCGAGCUGGCUUUUCCUCGCGGCCACUGGCCACAGAUCCCACAGCUCGGCAUUGCCGUGGAUGCAUUCCAUGUGCCCCUCACUCAGCCCCUAGCAAGCCCGUUACGGGUUCCACCGGUAGGGAGGGCCACGGAAAUCUGUCCCCUGCACCCAACGACCAGUCUGCUGGCCUUCCACCCACAGAUCCGUUGCCGGCUUUGAUCAAUCGAGAGCGGGCAGCACUUCAGGAUAUCCCUUCAUCCCCAACAGUAGUGGCGAGCCUGAGCAUUACUGUGGGUUCAGUUGAAGGGGACGUGCAAACACCAUAUCAUAUACCUAGUUCAGCGGAGCCGCUACGUCCGGACCUAGAGGAUAGGAUACCUUGCCGCCUACUUCGCAGGCGCCCGUCGGGCUACUUUAUUCCAGCUGUUGGAGCAGAUAAUGAAAUAGUUUUAAGGACUGAUCUGUGUUGUGAUGGUACCAAUGAUCUGCCUUACAGCAAAGCUGAUCCGCACAGCAAAUCCGUUCGAGAGCCGCAGUCCAGAUCUUCAGGUGACAAGAGCCCGGUUCACUCUGACAGAACAACCUCGAAUGUUGGCCAGGUACAGCUGUUUCCAAAACAGCAUCUUACUUUUGUUGACCCGCCAAGUCUUCGCGACCAAAUCCAUACCAAUGCAUGCGGCCUUGAUAGACGUGAGCCACGUGGGGGGUCUCCAAGUAUUACCCCUUUGCAUACCCCCCCCUCUUCCAACGGGAUGGAGGGGAGUGGCAAUUCGGGCAGGAAGAAGUCUUCUUUGGCCAUCGAAGUGCUCGGUCGGGAUCACCCUAGCCCGACUAAUAGGGGGAGUACCGGAUCCUCGUUCAAAAGUGACUCCAGGCUCCCCACUCAUCGGAGCACAAGGGGGGUGGGUAUUUCACCACACCCUAGAGAGAGAGGGGGGUAGACACUUUUCUGGUGUGAAUGGCUCCUAUGGACUUGUUGAUCUUGGGGCUGUAAACGUCACUAGUGUCACUAUCGAGGCCGAUAAUACGAGGCAUUGA